CGCCAAUCAGAACUAUCUGGCCCGCCGUAACUGCUCUCUCAUGGCACCUGUUCUUCGCUCUUCUCCAAUCAGUCUACGCACCACGCGAAACUCGGCCAAAUCACCUCUACCGACUCCUGAGAAAGCCUCAACGCCAAGCAAGCCCCGCGUCUGUAGCCAAUGCAAACGUCCACGCAAAGGGCAUCCACGCGAAGGCUGCCCUUUCGUUGACUCAGAAUCGCCCGCCGGCGAAUCCUUCUUUGACUCGCCCACACGUCUCGUCUCAGACGCGCUUCAGUCAUUGAAUCUCUCGCCCUCGGCGGUGGGAUCCGAGGUAGAAGUCGAGACUCUGGUGACAAGGCGGCCUUUCACCAAGAUGCCUGGGACGCUGCUUUCUCCUUCGUCCAGCUUCGUGUGCUCCCAGAUCUCGCUCUUCAAGAACGAGAUUGACGAGCCUGUGUUGUCGCAAGUCUCGGACAUGGCUACGGUUGGGAGCGCCACUCCUCGCGCGAUGACCCCUACAGACGACGCGGAAGAACUUCUUGCACCGUCAUCUCCCACUUUGACGGAGUGCAAUCUAACCUCGUCGUGCCCUCGGCCUUUGACGCGCACACUCACACACGCCGAGCACGACUCCUUCAUCGCAUCGCUCUCAUCCCUCACGAAAGCAACCAUCUAUGUAAUCUCCACCCCGGACGUCCCGGUCAUCAUUGCAGCGGCAACCUUCCACGGAUUAUGCACGCGCACCAUGCCACUGGACCACGCCGACACUAUCGUCGUGGUCGGGCGGACCGAUUCGGCCGUCGACGUUCUGUUGAACCAGAUCGAAACGAAGAUGCACGCGCUCGUCCCCGUUCCGCAGGGAAGGUCCCUGGCGCUCAGUGCAGCCGCAAAGACGAUGGUCAUUGGCGCAGUGGGUGCCGUCGCCGCUUGGGGCGCGUUGGCGUUCACGUGACAGCCAGCGCACGUGUUUCUUUAUCUCCUGUGUUUGCAUUGUCUUGUGUAAGUGUAUCGAUAGGGUCCUAGAUUGUAGCAUUGGGUUUUUGAAGCUCGGAAUCGUAGUAAGCACACCGGGGGAUCACACAUAACACGGCCCAUAAAGAAUAAGUUAUAUUCCAUAUAUUGUGACCCCACAAAGAAGCUGACCUGAUAUGUCACAUAUCAGCGCAAAAACGACCUGAUACCACAGAUAUCGGGUACCGGGUAUGAUCCGGGUGCCCGAUAUGUCACAUAUCAGAUCACUUCAUUUUUUAUGCCCCAAUAUAUAGAAUAUAAUUGAUUCUUUAUGGGCCGUGAUAUUCGCAAUCCCUCGGUGUGAAGCACUGCCUUCUGUCACGUAAAUGAGGACUAAGUCGUACGAAGCUUAUUUAAGCGCGA